AUGUUGGCAUCAGCCAUAUUCACUGGUAUACUUGUGAAAUGUAUGGGGAUAUCUGAACAGAAAAGAAAACUUAGACAGGAAAAUUACUUCCUCGUCGAAAUACAAUACGUCCCCGCCGCCCCCGUCCAGCUGACGUACUCCUCCGGCGACAUCGUUCUCAGCCAGCUUGUUGUCGUGCACAAACGUCUUGAGCGACACAAUCUUGCAUCCAAUCUUGAGGUCGAGAAACAUGUUGACGAGGUUGUCGUUGAGCUGCGAGGUGAAGGCCUGAUUAUUCACCAGCACCACGUCGGCCCGCUUAAGGGACUCGAGUAUCGGUUCGUUCUUACGGAAAUCGCCCCUCUCGAGGUAGACCUUUCCGGGCGCUACCCCCCACAGCCGGCAGCGGGCGGCGAAUUCCUUUUUCUGCGCGUCGGCGAGGUUGCAGGCGUUUUCCAUCAUUUCGCACCCCCAACUUUCGCAGCCUAUUUCAAGGGCUGCUUGGAGCACGACGUUGCCAACGCCGGAUCCCAAAUCGACAAAAACCAUGUCCGAGGUCAGUUGGGUGCGCUCGAAAAUGUCCGAGAUGAAGGGGUGGAGGAGCUCGCCGUAGACAUUGUCGGUGCCGUUUUCGUACUUGGCGAGGAGCUCGACUUUGGGGGCAACGGUGCGGUCGUAUACCUGGUCUAG